GUAUAAUGUAAAAAGUAACCCUCUGAUUCCCGGCCUCUUCUAAGGGUGGACUCAACUGAGUACAAGUCUCUGACUAGUUUGAUUUUUGAGGCAAUGAACUUUACAUAGUAACAAUAAAGAUUAUUAUGAAGAACUGGGCUGGCCUCGUUACACUAACCUGUAAAGACUGAAUGAUAUCUGUUCUAUCUGAAAAAAUAAUGAUAAGACUUUACAGAAACAUGGGCUUCAGUAAUGGGUAGAGUGUUUCCUCUGCCUGUAACAGGCUUUAUAGAUCAUUAAGAUACAGAUUUAAAGAGUUCAGAUUUUAGAAGACACAGUUGGAACGUUGGUGUUAAAUCUGACACCUUUGCAACGGUAACUAAGGGGCGGGGCUUAGUGACGUCUCAGCUCUGAAACGAGUUCCAAGUGAUCGCGAGACUUGGUGAGACCGCGAGAACACAAAGUGGCGGCAACAAAGAAACUCCAACAACUUCACUACUGGAGCAACAUGAAGGAGGAGAAACGUGACCCGGAUUUCAUUGAACAGAACAAAUUCAAGAGUCGCAUUAAGGAGGAGAAUCAGGAUCCGGAUUUCAUCGACCAGGAACACAACAAGAGCAGGAUGAAGGAGGAGAACCAGGACCCGGAUUUCAUUGAACAGGGCAAAUUAAAGACCGAGAUUAAGGAGGAGAACUGGGAUCCGGAUUUCGUCGACCAGGAACUCUACAAGAGCAGGAUGAAGGAGGAGAACCAGGACCCGGAUUUCUUUGAACAGGGCAAAUUAAAGACCGAGAUUAAGGAGGAGAACUGGGACCCGAAUUUCGUCGACCAGGGACUCUACAAGAGCGAGAUUAAAGAAGAAAACUGGGACCCGGAUUUCGUCGACCAGGAACUCUUCAAGAGCGAGAUUAAGGAAGAGAACCAGGACCCGGAUUUCGUUGACCAGGAAUACUAUAAAAUCAGCAUGAGAGAGGAGAACCAAGACCCGGAUUUUACCGACCAGGAACACAGCAAGAUCGGCACGAGAGAGGAGAACCAGGAUCCGGAUUUCACCGACCAGGAACACAACAAGAUCGGCAUGAGAGAGGAGAACCAGGACUCGGGCCCCCGGAGCAACGAGGCCGCUGCUCCCACCGGUCUACAGAAGCGGAAACGCACAAAGAGUCAUCAGAAAAGUCACACUAAAGAGAAGAGGCAUAUCUGUGACCAUUGUGGGAAGACUUUUAAGACUUCAACUACUUUAAAAACCCACCAGCGCCUUCACAGUGGAGAGAAACCGUACAGCUGUGAUCAGUGUGGAGCAGCCUAUAGCAUCUUAGAACACCUAAAAAGCCACCAACGCAGUCACAGUGAUGAGAGACCGCACAGCUGCGAUCAAUGUGGAGCAGCUUUUAAGACGGCAUUUUGUCUAAAGGUUCACCAACGCAUUCACACGGGAGAGAAACCGUACAGCUGUGAUCAGUGUGAAAAAGCUUUUACAACAUCUGGUGCUUUAGGAAAACACAAACGUAUUCACAGUGGAGAGAAACGGUACUGUUGUGACCAGUGUGGAGGUCUUUUCUCAUGGUCAUGGAGUCUACGAGACCACCAACGCAUUCACACUGGAGAGAACCCCUACAGCUGUGAGAAAUGUGGAAAAGCUUACAAGUCCUUGAGUAGCUUACAUAAGCACAAACGCAGUCACAAUAGAGUGCGACCAUCAAACAGCGUCCAGCGCGAGGCAGCUUUUAAUAGGUCAGGUCAGCUAAACACCCAACAAGCUAUAGUUUUUCCUCAGUCAUAUAUUUUAAUAGGACAACCAUGUAUCAUACUGCAGACAAACCAAACACCUGUGACAAAUGUCAAUGUUGAUAACCGCGAGAACACAAAGUGGCGGCAACAAAGAAAGCAACAACUUCACUACUGGAGCAACAUGAAGGAGGAGAAACGUGACCCGGAUUUUAUUGAACAGAACAAAUUCAAGAGUCGGAUUAAGGAGGAGAAUCAGGAUCCGGAUUUCAUCGACCAAGAACACAACAAGAGCAGGAUGAAGGAGGAGAACCAGGACCCGGAUUUCACUGAACAGGGCAAAUUAAAGAUCGAGAUUAAGGAGGAGAACUGGGACCCGAAUUUCGUCGACCAGGGACUCUACAAGAGCGAAGUUAAGGAAGAGAACCGGGACCCGGAUUUCGUCGACAGGAACCUCUUCAAGAGCGAGAUUAAGGAGGAGAACCGGGACCCAGAUUUCAUCGACCAGGAACACAACAAGAUCGGCAUGAGAGAGGAGAAUCAGGACCCGGACCCCCGGAGCAACGAGCCCGCUGCUCCCGCCGGUCUACAGGAGCAGAGACACACAAAGAGUCAGCAGGUAACUCAAACAAGGAAGAAGCAUAGAUGUGACGAAUGUGGGAAGACUUGUAGGACCCCGAGUGCUCUAAAAACCCACCAACAUGUUCACACUGGGGAGAAACCAUACAGCUGUGAGGAGUGUGGAGCAGCCUUUAGUAUUUCAAGUUACCUAAAAAUCCACCGGCGCAUUCACAGUGGAGAGAGACCGUACAGCUGUGAUCAAUGUGGAGCAGGUUUUUCACGGUCUGAGGCUCUAAAAAGCCAUCGACGUAUUCACACUGGAGAGAAACCGUACAGCUGUGAUCAGUGUGGAAAAGCUUUUACGACAUCUGAUGCUUUAAAAAAACACAAACGUGUUCACAGUGGAGAGAAACGGUACUGUUGCGAGCAAUGUGGAGCUCUUUUCUCAUGGGCGGAGAAUCUAAGAGACCACCAACGCAUUCACACUGGAGAGAACCCCUACAGCUGUGAGAAAUGUGGAAAAGCUUACAAGUCCUCGAGUAGCUUAAAUAAACACAAACGCACUCACAAUAAAGUGCGACCAUCAAACACCCAACAACAAGGUAUAGUUUUUCCUCAGUCAUAUAUUUUAAUAGGACAACCAUGUAUCAUACUGCAGACAAACCAAACACCUGUGACAAACGUCAAUGUUGAUAUUUGAGGGAGUGAAGAAUCUGUUAAAGAGAUAUCAGCUGAUGAGACAUGGGUAGGGUUUUAAUCCUCUUUUACUGUCAUGUAAUUGUCUCUAGUGUGACAUAUCAUGGUGUUGUACCUGUUGCAGUAAAAUCAAAGGAAGAAGCACAUUUCUGUUGCAGGCUAAGUUUGUACUGUACUUUAGCUGACUCUCUUUGUGGCUACAUUCUCAUCUUCUCCCUGUAAAUAGGAAAAGGAAGUGAUGGGUAACAUAACGAUUGUGCUCUGUGUUGAUUUCUUGUGAUAUAUGUUGUCAUUAUAGUGAUGCUGUUUCAGUUUGAGUACCCCUCUGAUUCCUGGCCUCUGUCUAUGAGGUGGACUCAGCUGAAUUUAAGUUUCAAUGAGUUUUGCUUUUAAGGAAAUGGACUUUUCUGUUACUCUGUAUCAAAUAGUUUUUAUGUGGUAUAUUCAAUAAAUCCUAAAAAAUA